AAGACUGCGCACGCGGUCGGCGUCACUCACAUGCCACUGUGCAGCGCUUCACUUCCACGAGUACGUUUCCCAGCAGAUAGUGUCGAGGAUAUCGUUGUUGAAGGAAUCGCCGUCGUCGGGAUUGCCGACGCUACGAAGCAUUUUUGAAAUACAAGGCGGGAUGCGUGAUGGACGUCAACAUUACAGAGCGUCGAGGCGAGACUUCUCGAAAGCAAAGCAAAGCAAAGCAAUCGGCAGUUCAGGUGCAGGGGCAAUACUCACGAGCAAUCGGCCUUUGCCCAUGGCCCAUCUUUGUGCCUACUAGCUUCGUAAUCCUGCCUGAAGAAAGGCUUUGCCUGAGCAUUGAUCUUGGUGCAGGUAGCCGCCCAGAGUGCCCGAGCUGCGGCAAAAUUAGAGGCGCCUCGAUACUUUCCUGGGCAGUAUUCUUCCCCGCGGACAUAGCUGACGGUCAAAGCGUUGAUGGGAUCUCCAUCUUGCAGAGAGGGCUUCCAAGGCUCGACGGGUUCUUCGCCCAUGCCCAUACCAGAAGCCUGAACGAAGAGGCUUUUGGUCGUGAUCGAGACGACCAGGAACAAUACCGAGCGCAAACAAGAGCCUCGCAUGAUGAAAAGCUAACUUUUAAACGCUUCUAGGGACUCGUGCGGCGGAAAGUCAGGUCACCUCGUCCCAAAGGCAACGUCUGCGCAAAUGAAGCAGCGCCAAGCACGGUACUCGAGGCUCACCCUAGUUGAAAAGAAAAUUCUGGAAGCACAAUAAGAGCUGCAGCAGUCUCGAGAAUCGGCUCCUGCGUGUCGGCCAUCGGUAGACACUCAUCAGCGGCAUGCAUCGACAACCUCACAAAUGAGCCAUUGUAACACGGGCCAAGACGGGCCAGACUGACAUUUGGCGGCCGACGAUCGACCGCCACCGCCGCUUCCAAAC